GCGCCUCGGGGAUGUCGUGGGUGCUGGCGGCGCCGUCGGUUCGCGGGGCCGGGGUGGAUGGGGACGUGUUCGACGAGGACGCGGACGAGUCGCUGGUGGCGCGGAGGGAAUGGCAGAGCCACAUGCGGAGACGAGUCAAAGAAGGCUAUAGAGAUGGAAUAGAUGCUGGCAAAGCAGUUACUCUUCAACAAGGCUUCAAUCAAGGUUAUAAGGAAGGUGCAGAAAGCAUUAUAAAUUAUGGACAACUCAGAGGAACAUUGAGUGCUUUACUUUCCUGGUGUCACCUUCAUGAUAGUAGUUCAGCUUUGAUUGGUAAAAUUCAUAAUCUUCUUGAUGCAGUUGGCCAGUGUGAAGAGUCUGUGCUCAGGCGUCUGAAAUCAGUCACUUCACAGCCCCACGUUGUAGAUUUAUUGGACUCCAUUCAGGACAUGGACCUUUGUCACAGACUUCCAGAUGAGGAAAAGAUUGAUGAAUCUGAAAAUGAAAGACUCUGUGACAGUAAUGCUGACCUUAACAAAAACUGUAGCAAGAAUCUUGGUGGAAAAGAUUGUUCAUCUUUGCCGUAUUUUCAAACACAGGAGCAUAUGCUUUCUGAGAAAACAGACCUCACUUGGAUUUUAGAACAGACUGGCAGUAUAGUAAAGCAGUUAGGAAUAUCAGUAGAUGUUUUACAACAUCUCAGACAACCUUGAAAUCUUCACUUUGCUAAUGAAAAUUUUCAAAACA